CCGGCUUAAAAUAGCGUGACUGAGUUCCUUCUGUGUUGAUUUAUUUCUUACAGAUUUCAAACCAACUAUUCGUUGGCCGUCCUGGCUAACAGCAAGAUCAAAAUUGUUUGCCCGAAUCCCGCGAUGAUCCCGAUUGCUAUCGAAGGGAGCAUUCGCUUGGAAGAGCUUUAUGAAAAUCUGUGGAUAGUGGACAAACAGGCUUAUGACACAUGCGCAGUAAACACCUCUAACUAUGGCAACAGAAUUCUGAUGAAAUGCGACACUCCUCUGAAGCUGCAAUACUUCAGUAUAAUCUUUCAGCGGUUCAGCGCCGUUGGUCCGGAUGGCUUGGAAUUUGAGUCUGGAAAGGAAUAUUUCUUCAUAGCUACCUCUAAUGGACAAAAGACGUCCCUGGAUCAAACCUCAGGUGGAAGAUGUGCCACUCAUAACAUGAGGAUUAAGUUCUAUGUCUGUAACGAUAAAAAUGAUCCAAAGUGUCAAGACAGCCCUGUAUCAACUGUCCAACCCACACAGACAGUUACUGUGUGUCCCUCGCCAACUCAAACUAUUCAGGCUUCUUUCAUACCAAAACAGCCCCAGUACUGUUCUGCAACUCCAGACAAUCAGCAAGUGAGCGAACUUCUUAAUUACACUAGACUGAUCCCAGAGAUCUUCAACCACACCAGCCAGCUGACCACCCUGUGGGCUCAGGUCAAAAACAUGUCUGAAAAACUAAACGCCGUUCAAGAAAAACUUGAGAAUUGCAGCUUUGGAGGAGGGAAUGGUCACGUGACUUUACAAACGACGACUACGAUUGCGACUCCAACUCCGACUCCGACUGAGCCAGUUUAUGCCAACUGCACCGAUCUAUAUAACGCGGGAUAUAACAUCAGCGGCGUUUAUAACAUCACCCCUGGAGACGGACUUGGUUCGUUCCCAGUCUACUGCGACCAAACCACAACCGGCGGAGGCUGGACAGUGCUUCAGAAGCGCUUCGAUGGCUCCGUGAGGUUUAGCAAUCGGACAUGGGUGGAGUACCAAAAUGGCUUCGGCACCGUAUCAGGAGAAUACUGGCUUGGUUUGGACAGGAUUCAUCGGCUUGCCAAGAAUCCAGUCACGCUUCGGUUCGAUCUCGGAGCCCCGGAUGGGAGAACUCGAUUUGCUGUUUAUCAGGGAUUUACAGUCGCAGGCGCUGAUCAAAAGUACCAGAUGACAAGUGGAACAUACACAGGUGAAAGAUCUGUUCCGGCAUGAUCUAGCAUACUUUAGUUUCUUGCGUACUGUGCAUGGCAACCAUUGCCUCCAACA